CUUGCUGUGUGUCCCCGGCUCCCCGCCUCCGGAGCGCCCCCUGCCGCCCAGCCCUGUGAACUGAUACCGCAUGCUGGGGCCGCACUGCUCGGACACCAGGAGGUGAGCUGUACGGGACUAGUAGGGCAAGGACGAGAGAAGAAGCUGCCCACACUGUGCCAAUGUGUGCCCGUAGGGUCUGCCUGUGCCUGGGCUACCUCAUGCUGUUACUCGCCCUGGGACUGGCCUGGACCUACAGAGAAGAAGGGGAGGCAGACAGGGAAGUUUGUUCAGAGAGUAAAAUCACUACAACUAAGUACCCGUGUCUAAAAUCUACUGGAGAGCUGGCUACAUGUUUUAGGAAAAAAUGCUGUAAAGGUUAUAAAUUUGUCCUUGGCCAAUGCAUUCCAGAAGACUAUGAUGUAUGCUCCGAGGCACCAUGUGAACAACAAUGCACAGACAAUUUUGGCCGUGUGCUAUGUACUUGUUACCCUGGGUACCGGUAUGAUCGGGAGAGACACAAGAAUAGAGAAAAGCCUUAUUGCUUAGAUAUUGAUGAGUGUGCCUUGAAAAAUGAGACUUUCUGCUCUCAGAUCUGCAUCAACACCCCAGGGAGCUACAGAUGUGAUUGUCAUGAAGGAUAUUCUCUGGAAGAAGAUGGGAAAUCAUGCACUAAAGGAAUUCAAGGAGACUUUGACAAAUCUAACAAUGUGAUGAAAGCAGGAAUUUGUUCUGACACUUGCAAGGAAUUCCAUCAAAUAAAGCAGACCGUUCUACAGCUUAAGCAAAAGCUUGCAUUUCUGCCAAACAGUGUAUCAGAAUCAAACAAACAGAUAACAGCUGAAAAAGUCUUAGCCUCCACUAUGUAUGUUCAAGGACCACCGGGAUUGCCAGGAACGCAAGGACCUCCAGGAUUACCAGGUCCAAAAGGCAGUUCUGGCCAACCUGGACCCCCAGGACCCCCUGGCCCUCCAGGUCCAAGAGGAUUUAUGGGGCCAAUAGGCCCAUCUCCUGAAAUAUCGCAAAUUAAACAAGGAAGACGAGGACCUGUGGGUCCUCCGGGAGCAACAGGAAAAGAUGGAGCAAAGGGUGAGAGAGGAUCACCAGGCCCACGGGGACUUCCAGGGCCUCCAGGUUCCUUUGACUUUUUGUUGUUAAUGAUGGCCGACAUUCGCAACGACAUCGCAGAGCUACAGGAAAAAGUCUUCGGUCGGAGGUCACAUUCCUCAGCAGAAGAGUUUCCGUUACCUCAGGAGUUUUCUAACCAUCACGAUGCUGUGGACUUUGGUUCUGGAGAGGAUUAUAAGCAAAGAACUGUAUCAAAGAACCUAAAAACAGAAAAAACAAAACGCCACUAAAUGCCUUUUGUUCAAAUGAGAAAGAAAUAUGUUUUUUCUUUUUCAAUGUAUAAAAAAAAUGCACUGAUAAUGUAAAGAGUAUCUAUUUUUGACUUCUGAAUUUAUUGUUAUUAUUAAUAUUAUUAUUAUUUGUAUUAUUUGUAUCUUCUCAGCUGUACAGUAAUUACUCUAAAGUCAGAGAAAGGAAUGCUGGAAAAUAUGAAACCAUGUGACUUUUAUAACAUUCCUUAUUCAGAUUCUGUAGUCCAAUAGGUACAAUGCUUACUAAAACAAAAAAUAAUUAGCCAAUUGUAGAUAUGUUUUAUUAUAAAGUGGUGAGCAUGUGUAAAAUGAAUUCCCCUGGAAAUCAAAGUAUUGAAUGUUGUCAUCAAACAUUUGCUAUGGUUUUUAUUAAAAAAAAAACAAAAUUGUAAAUUAAAAAAAA